GACAGAUUGUAGACGGCUCGGCAGGAACAGGAAGGCAGGCAGUGAGGGGGAGAGCUGAGAGCAUUCCUUCUGAUGGCUCAGUUAGAAAGGUCGGCAGAUGAUCUCCUUGCUCAGCCCUGGAGCUCUGUACACAUCGGUGAUUCUCCCUUCCUGCUGAAGGCGGCUUUCGGCGAUGCUGUCUACAGGCUGAUGCUCUCCGAUCUCAACAGUGUCUGGUGGGAAGAGGUGAAUUCGGAUGAACUCAAACAAAGGGCACAGGAAUUGAACAAGCGUCUGAGGGCACCAGUGUCUGCAUUCUGCCGUCACCUUUCCGGGUUGCUGGAGCCCCUUCUACAAACUGGGGGCAGUAAAGUGCUUCCUGGCUUCACGUGUGAACGAACUUGCAAUCUGCUCACUAUCAGUUUGAGGAGCGAGCUGUCCGGAGUCCCUUUCUACUGGGCCUUCCGUUGCACUGAAGCCCCUCUGAGCAUGGUGUCCCGCCAUAUGAUCUGCCCACUGCUGAACAUGAUGCAGGCUCUGCACAGGCAGACUCGGGACCUAAUGCUGCUCUUGCAGAGGAAAGAUGCAGAGAUACUUGACUACAAGGAAAGUGGUGCAAUGCUUAGUAGAGAUCGCUUGGCGACGGACAUUUUCGAUGCAGAGGAGUUUAAGGAGAGGUUUCUUGCAGAGAGUCUGUCUGAGGCCAUUAAUAUGCAUGAUGGAAGAAUGUUUGACUCCGAGCUUCAACAUCUCUACACGACAAUAAUCGCAGUCAAAACAAGUCGGAAAAGAAGACAUAGUUCAGGGAAUCAGGACAGUGGGAAUCCUCAGCCUAGUCUUCAAGAAGCACAGGACGUGGCAGUAAGUGAAACAAAGUCAGAAGAGAUCACACCAAAAGCUGCAGAGAGCCCAGAAAUUAAAAAGCAGGCACCUCGAAAACUUCAUCCUCCAGCAGCUCUGAGCAAUUCAAAUCGAUGCACUGUGAAGCAGAAGAAGAAAAAGAAAGGAAUUUUUAGUUGAUUUUUUAAGUCAAUAUUGUUUUUAAACCUGGAGGCACUCUUACCCCCUAUUCCCUCUGUCCUUUUUAUGUGCAGGCUGCACUGUGGUAUAACCACUGGUGGCAUCAAUGAAAUUAUGUCACGUUGCUCCAAGGUCACUUCUUACCCUUUUACGUCAAAAUUUGAUAUCCAGGGAUUUGCAGCAUGAACUCUCCAAGGUUCCUAAUGCAUCGGCAUCUUAAAACGGGGUUCCUGGACAUCUCUGUACUCCUCAGGAAGUGGGAGCCUUCCGGAGAGCCACAAUAACAUACGCUAAGUGGAGGAGGAGCCAAGCUCUGUACUGGACUGUAGGUCGCUCGAUUCUUCUGUUGGCAGAAGGGGGAUUGCUUGUAUGACCAUGGUUGCCUUGACAAUUAUUUCUGAAGGGCGCAAAAGUGGCCAGAUGAUUUUAUUUUUAACUUUCUGCUAUAAUAUGUACGGGGAAAUGGAUUCACCUUAAGACCUGCAAUGAGACAAUGGUGAAACAGAUCCAGGAACAGAAAAGAGGUUGAGGAGUAGGCAGCACGUCGCUUGUUGCCUUACGAGGUUCCAGCGUGACUGUGGCAGGCUAGCUGGACCGCUCCGUUUGUACCUCAACGUUAUGCUUCAGAUGGAAUCCAGGUGCACUGACCCAGAAAUCAUGUCAGUAACCCUUCUCUUGCAGUUUCCAAGCCUUAUGAACAUUGUGCUAGAAAAUAACAUGUGCAUCUAUAAGCAACAACUUUGUUCUUUGAUAUCAAAUGGAACCUGUGUGACUACCUGUCUGCUCCUGCCUGUCUUGAUCUCUCUCAUGGUUUUAUAUUUGCUCGUCUAUCAGUUCCUUCUCCUAUUGCUUGUAUCUCCUCAUUUCUUAAUUUGCUUCCCUCUCUUUAUUCACAUCGCUCUCUUUUUUUACAUGUAUUUUUAAUCUCAUUUUGAUCAUUUUUCUCACUCUCUAACUCCCCUCCAGUCUCCCAUUCAGUUCUAUUAAAUUUCCAACACAAUCAUUUUUGGCUGUUUUCUCUUCUUUAGUUCCUACUUCUCUCACUUUUCUCCCAUUCCCUUGUGCCUUGAUGCUCCUCUUUAUUUGACGUCUGCCUUGCAUCCUGUCCUGGUUUCUCUUGUCUUCACUGUUAAACCCCUUUUGUUCCACAAUUCUCUUCAGUUUCAAUACUUUAUCAUCGCUCAGACCCAAACCCCUUUCCCCAGGAGCGGUGCACCAAUGUAAAGUUGCUUUCCCUAUUUUUUAAAAGUAAGCAAAGGCUUUCAAUUUUUAAGCAGAAAUAAUUUUUAAUGUUAGCGAAGAACAUCCUUGGUCAUUGAGGGUCAGAGUGUCACAUAAAUGACAGAGCUUCUUUAAGAAGUUGUGUGACCUAUUAAUUUGACGAUUUGUACUUUAAAAACAAAAUAUCAUUUCUUUUUAAACUCCCACUGCUUCAGAGGUUAAUUUCGUGGCUCCGUAAUCACUUUUUUUUUGCAUUUGCAAUUUUAAUUUCUCUUUUUCCCCUCCCCCCUUUUUAUCCAGUUAGACAACAAAAUUUAUAGUCAUUACUCCAAAGUAAAACUAAAUAGUUGCAAAUUACCAGUGUACCAGCAAUAGUAACUACUUUGUCUAAUUAAUUAAAGGCUCCACGAGCUUGCCAAAUUGAGGACAACAGAUGGUAUGAAUUUGGCAUACAGCCGCUUUUGGUUUCUUUUGCACAAGGCUGAUUUUAUACUUAAAACAACACUGCAAGCUGAUUGUGGCUUCAAAAAGCUUGGCUGAGGUUCGACUUCAUUCCAUUUUCCUUUUAAAAUUAAAUAACUGCUGCUCCGUCCAAAAAUGCCUCUAUUUUUUUUAAUGGGGAAUUCCCCCCCCCCCCCCUUUCCCCUCCUCUUCAAGCCACUCGUGUGUGUUGCACGAUGAAUGACGUUAAGAUCUUCCAGGCUGUCUGGCUCUGCAGAGCAAGCGAUGUCCCAUUCCCACUAAAGAGUGUCACAGCCCACAGAAUCCCGCUGCUUGGGGUUUUCUGCAAAUGCCUCCUUUUUUUUAUUAAUACAAGCAUUUCUUUUACAUUUUAAAACCAAUCUGAAAUCUGAAAAUAAAGCUGUUUAAUGUUA